GUGGUUACUCCACACACACACACACAAGACUUCAACCAUAGAGUCGUCGUUGUCGCUUCGUUGUAAACAAAAGUUACUAAACGGGUUACCCUCCGCGAUACAAUAAGUGAAAAGACAUGCAUAUCAAAUCAGCUUCAUGGGAACUCAGCAACACUGUAUGUGAGUCAGACAGCCUGUGCGAUCAACCAGUCCUCGUGUCAGCACCCAACUCCGAGCCCCACGUCCGUAACCGCCGCUUGUCUCCCGGUUCUGGCAACAGUGGGGGUGGUGGAGGUGGAGGUUGCAUCUCUGGAGGCUCCCAGCCACCCAAGCAGCAUUCAGCUCCGGGCGGUCCCACCAGUCCUGGUCACACACACACCCUUACCUUCCGCAAGGACAGAGAGCGCCGGGGCCAGCAGCACAAAGGCCGCAGCAUCCGCAGGGAGGGUCAGAAGGGGGUCGGUCGGGUUGGUGAGCGGCCGCUGCAGGUGAACCAGAAGGAGAAGUGGGCGGAGCACAGCCUGUCGCUGCUCAAGCCCCCGCCUGCCUUUCCGGUGCAAGACAGCCCCGCCAAGCUGCAGCCGGCUGUGAGCUACGCUUCCAAGGUGAAGGCUGGAGCGGCAGGUGGAGGUCUGGAGGAGGACCGCCCCGCCAUUAACGUGCUGCUACAGAACCAGUGGGGUCUAAGUUUUAUCAGCGAGGGGCCCGGCCCCCACCCCACCACCGACAGCCCCCCACCAACAGACGCUAACCAGUCAGCAGACCCGCAGCACAGCACAGUUCUCGCAGCGGAGACGCCUCUCCCCGUCACGACCGUGGUCAGUUCGGCCGAGGGGAACGGAGAGCUGCUGCUCAGCUGUCGCCACCUAGUGGAGGCCUUGAACUACCACAACAGAGAAUGGAACAUUGCCUGUAACAGACAGAAGAAAGAUCCAAAAAGAGUUGUCUGGUACAAGGACGUCCAGGAGCACCCAGCCUAGCAGCGUGACGAGUGCACCACAUCAGCACACACCUCCACGCACGUAACACCUAUAAAGAUGGACACGGUUGAGUCCCGUUCACACGCUGCACUCAGGAUGAUGUCAUCACAUUAAGCCACACUGAGACACUUUGGACUAACUCCUUACAGCAAUGGACUUUUUAAUGCCUUACAGAAAGCCUGCCUUAAUAAUCACCUCGUUCUCAUUUUUAGCUCAUCUGUGUACAACUGUUCCUUUUUUAAAAAAACGAUCUUCGAGGAGUCUAAUUUAGUUUGUUUGGAAGCUGUGGUUUUAUCAGACUGUCUGUUGUCAGUCGAGCACUUUGUUUAAAACUCUGACCAACCCCCGUGUGUGCGAGAAGUCCUGAGCGGCGCUUUUUAAUUUGUCUUUGCCCACUCUUAACCAGAAGAGCGUCUCCUCCCUGCGUACAGUUUGUGUUUAUUGAAGCGGGGGGGGGUUCGGUUUACAGAAGGGUGUAGUCAAAAGACACACGUUCGCCCCUUCUCACGUCUAAUCUUAAUGCUGUUUGUUUUUAUUUGGUCUCAGUCGGGUGAAUGUUGUUCAUCGGUCCGUACGGGAUGACGCCACGUUCUGUUUGUAGAAAUUUGAAUUCAAAAUACACUGGAGAAAUGAGAAAAACAGUAUUACUUAAUAAAUUUGAAUAUACUUGAAAACAUUUUGUCUUUUAAUUUAAA